AUAUAUAUACUAUAUCUAACAAGAAACACUCAUUCACUUUUGUGCAUAUUGAAUCUGAGCCAUUUGUGUUUGAUCAUUGAGAUACUUAAAAGGAUCUUAUCUUUGAACUAGCUAGCAUUUUUAGAUUUCGGUACACCCGUUGCAUCUUAAAAAGAUAGAACCCCUUUGGCCGGAAGGCGUUAAGUAAGUAGCACAAAAUUUCUUGCACGCGCGAACGCAAUGCUGUAAUACGUAGGAUUGUCUUAAGACACUAUGGUGAGCAUCCGCAGACAAAGACUCAUUAAACUUUAUGGGAGAAGCCCCUGUCUCGAUUCUCUUCCACCCUAUGAAAAUGGACAAUCUCCUGGAAGUUGGGGGCAAAAUACAAGAUCAGUUGGCAAUGGCAUGCACCCUUCGUCUUCAGUUGACCGGCCUGACGAGGCAAGCAUGCAGGAAGGUACAAAACCCGAAGAACCUGAACCCUCAACUGUCAAUGAGUCUAGCUCAUCUAAUAAGCAGUCCAUUCUGCACCCAGUGUUCAAGAGACGGAAAAGACACAGAAGAAAGAAUUUUGAGAACCAAGAAGCAAUUAUAAUGAGAGGCGUGUAUUACAAAAAUAUGAAAUGGCAAGCUGCAAUCAAGGUUGACAAGAAGCAAAUCCAUUUGGGAACGGUGAACUCUCAAGAAGAAGCUGCACGCUUGUAUGACAGGGCUGCUUUUCUUUGUGGAAGGGAACCGAACUUUGAUCUAACUAUCGAACAAAAAGAAGAACUAAGUAAAAUAAGUUGGGACGAGUUCUUAAUCAUGACUCGCGAUGCAAUCAACAGCAAGAAAAGCCAGAGAAGGGUCAGUACCCGGAUGAAGUUCGAGAAUCACCUACAAAACAACAACAGCGAGUAUGAGGCAGACACAGGGAGAAAUGGUUCAUCAGGUUCUGAUGAUGCUGAUACAUCAGUAGCUUAAUAAUUUAUAUUCUAUUAUCAUAUUUCCUUUUUAGUGAUUAUUUAUACAGUCCCACGCUGAUUAUUCAUUUAAACAAUUCGGGAAUGUAAAAUUAGAACAUUGUAUGAAGUGGGAAAUUUCUCGUAUCUGUAAAUAGAGGGAGCAUAUUGUUAUCUUUUUUUUU